CGACAUAGACCUCACACCAACCAAUUUUCCUCUCUCGCUCUCUCGCUCUCUCGCUCUCUCUCUCUUCUCUACACUUUGACACGACCAUCGUACAUAUAUGCACACAGAGAGAAAGCUCCUAUCUAAACAUAUAUACAUUCCUUCUCUCUCUUUCUGUAUAUAUAUACACACAACAUUCUCAUCACUUCCCCCAUUCUUUGCUCUUCCAGUUUUUACUUCCAAACAGAGAAAGUAAUAUCGUAGAAGAGAAAAUGGGAUACGGCAAACUCGGACCAUCCGACCCGGGAGGUUCUUCAUCGAGUCAAUUGACCCAACCCGAGGUAGGAACUUCCUACACUCGUCCAGUCCGCAACCGCAAGAAGAUCAUCUUCCUCUCCGUCCUCGCCAUUGCUCUAAUCGCCGCCUCCGCAAUCUCUGCCGUGCUCUUCAUCGGAGUCCGAACCAAAGCCUCGGGUUCCCCUGGCUCCGUUCUCCACCGCAAGCCCACUCAGGCUAUCUCCCGGGCCUGCAGCAAGACCCGGUACGAGAGCCUGUGUGUGAACUCGCUCCUCGACUUCCCUGGCUCUCUCAACGCGUCCGAACAAGACCUCGUCCACAUCUCCUUCAAUAUGACCCUCCAGCACAUCUCCAAGGCCCUCUAUCUCUCCUCCGGGAUCUCCUACCUCCAGAUGGACCCCCACGUGCGCUCCGCCUACGACGACUGCGUCGAGCUCCUCGAAGACUCCAUCGAAGCCCUCUCCCGAUCCCUCACCUCAGUCGUCCCCUCCGACGGCGCCACCAACAGGCAGCUAUCCGGUGGCUCCGUACAGGACGUGAUGACCUGGCUCAGCGCCGCUCUCACUAAUCAGGACACCUGUACUGAGGGGUUCUCCGACCUGAGCGGGAAUGUGAAGGAUCAGAUGGGGGAGAGGUUGAAGGACUUGUCGGAGCUGGUGAGCAAUUGCUUGGCGAUUUUCGCGGCUAGCGAUAGCGACGAUUUCUCCGGGGUUCCGAUACAGAAUAGGAGGAGACUGCUGGAGGAGGAUUCCGACAUUUCGCCGGAGAAUGCGGCGGGGGAUUUUCCGAGGUGGUUGGGUAGGAAGGACAGGAAGUUGCUGGCUCUGCCGGUGUCGGAAAUUCAGGCGGACAUAGUGGUUUCCAAAGACGGAAACGGAACGGUUAAGACGAUUGCCGAGGCAAUCAAGAAAGCUCCUCAGUCCAGUAAUCGGAGGACGAUCAUCUACGUGAGGGCAGGAAGGUACGAAGAAGAUAAUUUGAAGGUUGGAAGAAAAAAAACAAAUUUGAUGUUUAUUGGUGAUGGCAAGGGCAAAACCAUAAUUUCAGGUGGUAAAAGCGUUAAAGAUAAAUUGACGACAUUCCACACCGCUUCCUUUGCUGCUACUGGAGCGGGAUUCAUAGCACGGGACAUGACGUUCGAGAACUGGGCCGGGCCUGCUAAACACCAAGCCGUGGCUCUUCGGGUCGGCGCUGACCACGCCGUGGUGUAUCGCUGCAAUGUCAUAGGAUACCAAGACACAUUGUACGUGCACUCCAAUCGCCAGUUCUUCCGCGAGUGCGACGUUUACGGAACUGUCGACUUCAUUUUCGGAAACGCCGCCGUUGUGUUCCAGAACUGCAGUAUGUUCGCCCGAAAGCCCAUGGCCAUGCAGAAGAACACCAUCACGGCCCAAAACCGAAAAGACCCGAACCAAAACACGGGCAUUUCGAUCCACGCUUGUAGGAUCCUUGCCACAUCGGAUCUCGAGGCGUCCAAAGGUAGUUUCUCGACGUAUCUGGGUCGUCCAUGGAAGUUGUACUCUAGGACCGUGUACAUGUUAUCCUACAUGGGUGAUCACAUUCAUCCACGUGGAUGGCUGGAGUGGAAUGCUGCGUUCGCACUAGAUACAUUAUACUACGGUGAAUACAUGAAUUCUGGGCCGGGUGGGGCAGUGGGUCAACGGGUAAAAUGGCCCGGGUAUCGGGUCAUAACGUCGACGGUGGAGGCUAGCAAGUUUACGGUGGCACAAUUUAUAUAUGGUUCAUCUUGGUUGCCAUCUACAGGGGUUGCAUUCUUGGCUGGACUUUCGGAUUAAUUUUAUUUACACAUGAAUUAUAGGCAAAUUAUUAUGUCGUCAGUCCAAACUCAUAAUUUCUUCUUACUUGUAUCAUUGUAUGAAUUAUAUAGUUUAAAUAUGCAGAAUUGUUUUUUUUUUUUUUUUUUUUUCAACUCAACGAUGUUAUUAAUAUAGAGUUGAAGAAUUAUAGUAAUUUUAUCGAAUAAGUUGAUUAAAAAUGUAAAAGACAAUGUGCAUGAGACCAUUGAUGGUGAUAUAUUUUGUGGAUAGUAAUGGCAUUUUUAUAUAUUUUAUUUC